AACAUUUAUAUUCAAACGGAAACUCAAGCAUGGAUCAUUACUUGGUUAUUGGUGGUGGAGGUUUUCUGGGAAAAGCUAUUGUCAACCAGCUACUUGAAAGAGGAAAUAAAGUUGCGAUCUUUGAUAUGCGCCAAACCUUUAAUGACGACCGGAUCAGUAGUUUUAUCGUCGGAGAUAUUACCGAUCCUAGCGAUGUGUUAAAGGCAUGCAUAGGAAAGACGAUUGUUAUUCAUACGGCUUCUCCUCCAACAGGCCUUUCAAGCGAGGUGUACUUCAAGGUGAAUGUUGAGGGCACCAAUAAUAUCAUUCAGGCAUGCAUUCAAGCCAAGGUCUCCAAGCUAGUAUACACUUCAUCUGCGAGCGUCAUAUUCAAUGGUGUCGAGGUUAUCAAUGGGGAUGAAACUCUUCCGUACUGCAAGGUUCACAUGGAUGCAUACAAUGAGUCCAAGGCAAUGGCAGAGGCUGCUGUUCUUAAAGCCAAUGGCCAAGGCGGACUAUUAACUAUUGCUAUUCGUCCAUCUGGCAUCUUUGGUCCCAGAGAUAUGCAAGGAAGCUAUACAAUAGUCCAAUCUGCCUUGCGAGGCCAAUGGCGGGUCAUGAUUGGUAGCAAUGAAAACUUGUUUGACAUGACAUUUGUCGAAAAUGCUGCUCAUGCACAUGUUCUUGCUGCUGACAAGCUUGCCGCCAACAAUGACACUUCUGGGGAGGCGUUUAUUAUCACCAAUGACCAACCAAUGCUCUUUUGGGACUUUCCAAAGGUGCUCUUUCAUGAGCUAGGUUACACGCAGACUCAACGGAUCGUGAUUCCUCGGGCUGUGGGUAUGCUUUUGGGCUCUCUCUCUGAUCUAGCUGCAUGGAUUUUGAAGCCCAUCAAAACCAUACGUCCUACAUUCACUCGCUUCCGUGUAGAAGUGAUUACUGCCAACCGAUAUUUUGACAUUUCAAAAGCAAAGAAGCGUCUUGGAUACGUGCCAAUAUACAGCAUGCAUGAAGCCAUCAAGAUCACUGCAAACUAUUGGAAGAAAUCAAAGAUGGUGCUCUAGUAUCAUUUUGCAAUAAAGUUAUAUAUCACUACU